ACCCGCCGGUUUCACCCCUAUCCGUUCCGUUCAUGCCUGAGAAUUAUGUUAUUGUAAAAUUAUAUAAAAAUAAAUAAAUAAUAUUUUUAAAAAAAAAAAAAAAAAAAGAAGCUCGCUGGCGCACCCUUUCUCUCUCUCUCGCGCACACCGAUUCCCGAGGCAGUUUCUUCUUCUUCAUUCUUCUCCUCCUCUCUUUAUUCUGAUCGAAUAAGUUCUUAUCUGAAGCGGUUGUCUCCACAGCCUCAUCCUCUGGCUCAGAUGGCAGAUAAUGAGGGGUUCGAAGAAUCUAAUGCUCGCGGAAAUGAUUGGGAAGUCGUGUCGCUUACCGCAUCAACCUAUGCAGCCUCUCCUGGUCCAACAGAAGUCGAAUUGAAGGAUGACAUCAAGGGGGAUACCCACAACCCAGAUAAAGCAGAGACUUCUAAUGCCAUGUUCAUAUCUGGACACUUUGGCUUCCAUCCUGCACAGCAUGAUAAUCUACCCCUUGAGAUUUCUGAUAUUGAUGUUCUGGAGAAACAAGGAGGCAAAGACAACAUUGCGUUUGUGGACGCAGCAGCGCAAGGUAGAUCUAGUGGAAAGGUUGAAAAGGAUUGGGUUCUUAAAGGGUUGAGUGUACCUGAUGAGUUCCCGGGACUGCACUUUCUCGACGAGAAGAGCAUUGGGUUAUCGAUCCAUGGAUCAGCAUUUGAGGACGGCAAGAGUAAUCUGCAAGGUUUGAAAAAUUUGACUGAGAAGGAGCAGAGUUUUUAUAGUUCUGCUGCCUUCAGUUCUUUUCAAGGUGAUACAGCUCUUCGAGCUCCACCUAACUAUGUAGAGGAUAUCUCUGCUUCCGAGGCAGUUGAGAAUAUGUCUGUUUCCGAGACAGAUGAAACUCCCAAUUCGCCUCCAGACUUGUCUGCAGACAUUUCACACCAACCCAAGAAGAUAAAAGGAGAGAAAUCUGGUGGAUUUGACCUCCCUUGUGGAGCUUGGUGGAAGAGAAGAGCUGCUUCCUUUUAUGCCCAUGCGAAGGAGGCAAACGCAUUUUGGUCGGUCUUCGUUGCUGCAGCCGUGAUGGGUCUUGUGAUUCUCGGGCAGCGCUGGCAGCAGGAGAAGUGGCAAGUUUUGCAGCUCAGAUGGCACCUGUCCAUCAACAGUGAGUGACAGUGUCGAUGCCGAACAAAAAUGAAGAAUGGCAGCAAAGAGAUGGGGAGUCCCUUGUCUGAGAUGAAAGGCGUAGUGAGUGGCCAACCUUGCUGUUCUCUUAUUGAGGGCGGCUCCAAGUGAGAUGAUGACGAAAAUCAAGAGAGUGAGAGAGAUGAUAGAGAGCUGUUGUAAUUUGGUGCUUGUGAUUGUAAAUAUUUUGGUAAAACAGAAAAACUGCACCAGUAGGAGUAGUAGUACGUACGUACAUAUUUGAACUUGUGAUCUCAUCUGUGUUGCUUUCUUCAAGUCAAUUGCUAUAUAUGGUGAUGGUGAUGGUGAUGGUGAUGGUGA